CUGUAAGAGAUUAAUUUUACCAGAGAAUAUUAGUAUCACAAAAAGAAAAAUAUAUAAUCUCUCUUGUUCUCUUAUUUUCUCUCUCAGUUUCUUGUUUUAUUUUUCUCCUUCUGUAAAACUCAACAAUGGAUAACUGGUCAACUUCACUCAACGCUGAUGAUGAGUUUGAGAAGCUUGUGCUUCGCAUGAACCCCCCCAGGGUUACUGGAGAUAAUGCUUCUGAUAGAAAAGCUACUUUGAUUAAGGUUGACAGUGCUAAUAAAAGAGGCAGCUUGUUGGAGGUGGUUCAGAUUCUCACUGAUAUGAAUCUUAUUAUUAAGAGAGCUUACAUUUCUUCUGAUGGAGAGUGGUUCAUGGAUGUUUUUCAUGUCACUGAUCAGUAUGGGAACAAGCUCUCCGAUGAUAAUGUCGCGGAGCGAAUUCAGCAGUACGUGUUACAGUCAUUGGGACCAAGGGGACGCAGCUUUCGCUCUUUGACAAGAGCUGUGGGUGUCCAGGCUGGCACAGGGCGCACAACCAUUGAAUUGACUGGAAGAGACCGUCCAGGAUUGCUUUCAGAGGUGUUUGCGGUUCUUUCUGAUCUUAAAUGUAAUGUGGAGUCUGCAGAAGUGUGGACUCACAAUUCAAGAGUGGCAUCGGUCCUUUACAUCACAGAUGAAGCAGAUAGAUUGCCUAUAGAGGACUCAAGUCGACUUGCUGACAUCAAACAACUUCUCCUUUAUGUCCUGAAAGGGAAUAGAGAUAAGCGGGGAGCAAACACCGCUGUCUCUGUGGGUUCAACUCAUACUGAAAGGAGGCUACACCAACUGAUGUAUGCUGAUCGUGAUUAUGAUACAAAUGAUACAGACUUUGGCUCUACGAGUGACAGCAUGAAACCUCUUGUAACUGUAGAAGGUUGUGCAGAUAAAGGCUAUACUGUGGUAAACGUGAGGUGUCCAGACCGUCCUAAGCUAAUCUUUGAUACAGUUUGCACACUGACGGAUAUGCAAUAUGUUGUAUUCCAUGGCACCAUAGUUGCAGAGGGUCCGGAGGCUUCACAGGAAUACUACAUCAGGCAUAUUGACGGGUGCCCCAUCAAUUCUGAAGCAGAGAGGCAGAGAGUAAUUCAUUGCUUGGAAGCUGCUAUCAAGAGGCGAACUUCUGAGGGUAUAAGUUUAGAACUUUGUUGUGAAGAUAGGGCGGGUCUUCUAUCAGAUGUAACUCGUAUAUUCAGGGAGAAUGGCCUGUCAGUCGCCCGGGCUGAAGUAACAACCAAAGGGUCUCGAGCAGUAAAUGUCUUCCAUGUAACUGAUCCAUCGGGGAUUCCAGUGAAACCCGAGACUGUUGAGGCGGUGAGAAAUGAAAUAGGAAGGUCAAUACUUCAUGUGAGGAACGACACUCACUCUAGUUCAACAGCUGAACCGACAAGUAGGUUCUCUUUAGGUAACAUUUUCAGAUCAAGUUCAGAGAAGUUUCUGUAUAACUUGGGCUUGAUAAAAUCAUGUUCCUGAUUAGGAUAUGGGGCAAAUAUAAGCUUCUCGUUUCAGGCAUUAGUCAUUCUAGAGACAAUAAAUCCUGGAAGCUUUUAGUCAGAAGUGCUUUCUGUUAUAGCUGAAUGUAAAUUUACUAAAUGUCUUUCGAUAAUCAGAGAUAGCGCUGUUGUAGAUUCGCAAGUGAAUCAGGCCUGUAAAAAAUCAUAAGCAAAUACUUGUGUUUUUACAUAAUGUGGAAGUGCUAGCAUAGUUCAAUUUCUGGA